AUGGGUGCAGUCAGGGUUUUCGCAGAGGUCUCGGCUCCAGCGUUUGGCACUGAGUCGCGUCCCAAAAAAAGGUUUCAUAAACCAGUGGUCAGGGGCGUAACCUCGAGAGCGGUUGCCACGGAAACGUUAACAGGAACCAAAGUGUCCUUCCGAGCUCCGGAGAGCCGGCCGCCAGGCCCUGCCUCGGGGGUCUGUGUGAGCGCGGGACUGAGCGAUUCUCUUCACAGGUGCCCAGUGGGACCCUUUACUGGACGUGGGCUGUUGGUGAACUCCCUCUGCGGGGGCAAUGGGGCGAGAGGGCUGGUUCUGCCCGUGAAGGUCCAAAAAGGUUUAGUGACGUUCAAGGAUGUGGCUGUGGAUUUUACUAAGGAGGAGUGGAGAAACCUGAACCCUUCCCAGAAAGAGUUGUACAGGGAUGUGAUGCUGGAGAACUAUAGAAACCUUGUCUUCUUGGGUUGGAAAACUAGGCCUGAAACCAAGGAUACAGCUCAGCAAAGAUUCAGAAAGAAUGGUUUCCAUGACUCUAAAUUGGAAGAACCCUGGGAAUAUUAUGCAAGUUUAGAAAGACGACAGCAUAACAAUAAGGAAAAAAUUUCUAGCUCAAUUCUUACUCAGAAGCAGAUUUUGCAUACAGGAGAGAAACUUAACAACUGUGGAAAUGCUUUCUGCUGCUCCUCACAGUGUACCCAACAUAAAAGUUUAUAUACUGGAGAAAAGUCUUAUGAAUGUCAUAUAUUUGGAACAGCAUUGCCCACUAACAAAUACAUUAACCACCAUCAGAAAAAUAAUAAUAAAGAGAAACCUUAUGAAUGUAAAGAUUGUGAGAAGGUCCUGAGUUCCCAGUUAACUGGUCACCAGGAAACCCUUACUAUAAAGGAACCUUACAAAUGUAACAUUUGUGGGAAGGCCUUCUGCCAGAGCAUUCAGUUAACUGUACAUCAGAGAAUUCAUACUGGAGAGGAGCCUUACAAGUGUAAACUUUGUGGCAAGGUCUUCAGUAGGAGUUCACAGUUAAGUGGCCAUCAUAGAAUUCAUUCUGGAGAGAAGCCUUCCAAUAAAUGUAAUAUUUGUGGGAAGAGUUUCCGCAAGAGUUCACAGUUAAUCCUACAUCAGAGAAUUCAUACUGGAGAGAAGCCUUAUGAAUGUAAUUAUUGUGAGAAAGCCUUCCGAAGGAGUUCAAGGUUAACUCAACAUCAGAGAAUUCAUACUGGAGAAAAGCCUUAUGAAUGUAAAGAUUGUGGGAAGGCCUUCCACCAGAGUUCAGGUUUAACUCAACAUCAGAGAAUUCAUACUGGAGAGAAACCUUACAAAUGUAAUGAUUGUGGAAAGGCCUUCCGCAGGAGAUCAAAACUAACUCAACAUCAGAGAAUUCAUACUGGAGUGAAACCUUAUGAAUGUAAAGAUUGUGGGAAGGCUUUCCACCAGAGUUCAGGGUUAACUCAACAUCAGACAAUUCAUACUGGAGAAAAGCCUUUUAAAUGUAAUGAUUGUGGGAAAGUCUUCCGCCGGAGUUCAAAGUUAAUUCAGCAUCAGAGAAUUCAUACUGGAGUGAAGCCAUAUGAAUGUAAAAAUUGUGGAAAGGCCUUCCACCAGAGUUCACAGUUAACUUUACAUCAUAGAAGUCACACUGGAGAGAAGCCUUUUAAAUGCAAUGAUUGUGGGAAGGCCUUCCAUCAGAGUUCAGAAUUAACAAUACAUCAGAGAAUUCAUACUGGAGAGAAGCCUUACCAAUGUAACAAUUGUGGGAAGGCCUUUUGCCGCAGUUCUAAAUUAACAGCACAUCAGAAAAUUCAUACUGGAGAGAAACCUUUUAAGUGUAAUGAUUGUGGGAAGGCCUUCCAUCAGAAUUCAGAGUUAACUGUACAUCUGAGGAUUCAUAAUGGAGAGAAACCUUACAAAUGCAACCAUUGUGGGAAGGCCUUCCACCGGAAUUCAGAGUUAACUCGACAUCAGAGAAUUCAUACUGGAGAAAAAUCAUACAAAUGUAAUGAUUGUGGAAAGGCCUACUACUGGAGUUCAGGGUUAAUUCGCCAUCAGAGAAUUCAUACUGGUGAGAAGCCUUAUGAAUGUAAAGAUUGUGGGAAGGCUUUUCAUGGGAGUUCACACUUAAUUCGACAUCAGAGAAUUCAUACUGGAGAAAAGCCUUAUGAAUGCAAAGAUUGUGGAAAGAACUUCAGUAUCAAAGUACACCUUACUCUUCAUGAGAGACUUCACUCUGGGGAGAAGCCUUAUAAAUGUUAUGAAUGUGGGAAGGACUUCCACUGGAGCUCACAGUUAACUGUACAUCAGAGAAUUCACACUGGAGAGAAACCUUACAAAUGUAACAUUUGUGGAAAGGCCUUCCCCCAGAGUUCAGAAUUAACUCGACACCAUAGAGUUCACACUGGAGAGAAGCCUUACAAAUGUAAUGAUUGUGGGAAGGCCUAUAACCAGAAUUCAGAAUUGACUCGACAUCAGAGAAGUCAUACUGGAGAGAAUCCUUACAAAUGUAAGAGGACUGAUGAAUGUGGAAAGGCCUUCUGCUGGUACUCACAAUUUAUCCAAAACGAAAGACUGCACACUGGAGAGAAACCUUAUGAAUAUCAUGUAUGUCCAGUAGAAUUCUCCUAUAGCCAAUACCUUACCAACCACCCAAGAAUUCAUAAUGGAGAGAAGCCUUAUGAAUGUAACUACUGUGGGAAGGCCUUCCGUUGGAGAUCACAGUUAACUGCACAUCAGAGAAUUCAUACUGGAGAAAAGCCUUAUGAAUGUAACUAUUGUGGAAAGGCCUUCUGCAGGAGAUCACAGUUAACUGUCCAUCAGAGAAUUCAUACAGGAGAGAAGCCUUACAAGUGUAAUGAGUGUGGGAAGGGAUUCCGCCAUAGAACAGAAUUAAAUCUACAUCAGAGAAUUCAUGCUAGAGAGAAGUCUUACACAUGUAAUAAUUAUAUGAAGGCCUAUAACCCAAAUUCAGAUGUUAUGCUACAUCAGAGAAUUUAUAUUGACGAGAAACUUUAUGAAUGUAACUAUUGUGGGAAGGCCUUCCAUCGGAGUUCACAGUUAACUCGACAUCAGAGAAUUCAUACUGGAGAAAAACCUUAUGAAUGUAAUUAUUGUGGGAAGGCCUUCCGCCAGAGUUCACAUUUAACUCGACAUCAGAGAAUUCACACUGGAGAAAAGCCGUACAAAUGUAAAGAUUGUGGGAAGGGCUUUCAUCAACGUUCAGAGUUAAUUCCUCAUCAGAGAAUUCAUACUGGAGAGAAACCUUAUGAAUGUAACUACUGUCAAAAGGCCUUCCAUCGGAGUUCACAAUUAACCCGACAUCAGAGAAUUCAUACUGGAGAGAAGCCUUAUAAAUGUAAUUAUUGUGAGAAGGCUUUCCACCAGAGUUCACAGUUAACUCUUCAUCAAAGAAUUCAUACAGGAGAGAAGCCUUACAAAUGUAAAGACUGUGAGAAAGCCUUUCACCAGAGUUCAGAAUUAACUCUACAUCAGAGAAUUCAUACUGGAGAAAAGCCUUAUAAAUGUAAGGAUUGUGGGAAGACUUACAACAGGAAUUCAGAGUUAACUUUACAUCAGAGGAUUCAUACUGGAGAGAAGCCUUAUGAAUGUAAACAUUGUGGAAAAACCUUCCGCCAAAGUUCACAUUUAAAUCGACACCAGAGAAUUCAUACAGGAGAGAAACCUUAUAAAUGUAACUGUUGUGGAAAAGCCUUCUGCAUCAAAGAACAUCUUAUUAUACAUCAGAGACUUCAUACAGGAGCUUCAUGA